GCAAUGAGUGCUGCAGGCGGGCUGCCUCGCCUCUGAGCUCUCAGCAGCUUUGCGGAGCCCUGGGCAGAGGCUGUGGGCUCAGUGAGGCGGGAACAAGGAGAAGCAGCAAAGGAGGAGAUGGAGGGAUGAGGAAAAAUGGUCCCAUUUGAAACUCUCCUGCCGGAGAGCUGCGGGCAGAAAUAUUAAUGCACAGACACGGCAGCCUGAGUGGAGUGAAGCUGUCUGCGUGGAGGAUGCUUAAAACACACGGUUCAAGCACAUGCUGUUACAGAUUGCCUAUGAAUUGCCAUGCUCACCACCCAGCCACUCACACCACAGCUCUCCCUGCACAAUGUACUCCCAGCUGUCAUCGCCCAUGGGUGACAGAACCAUCCAUCACCUGCUUACAACCAAACGGGGACAGGACAAAGGACCUGGUACCAACCCGCUUGCUUUGUCUAGUGAGCAGACUGAUGAAGGUGCAGCAGCAUCUCCAGGGAAGGCUUGGGAAACAGCCUCCAUCCAUCCUUCAGCUUUUGGAGUGCUGCUGGUGCUGCAGAGAGGAGCCUGCAAGGAUGUCGAGGUCUCUUACCCAAACAGCAACUGAAAGCCCUGCCUUGCGUGUGAACGUUGGGGUGAUUUUUCCGCUGCAUGUGGCAUUUUGCUUCAUCUGACUGCAUUUCACCCCCGACAGCCACCAGCCUCCUGGCUGAGCUGUGGCUGCCAGGGACCAGGCUGGCUGGCGACACAACAGAGGGUGCAGAGGGGACACAAAUGUGAGCAUGGGUUGUGUAUCAACAGGUUCUCCAGCAGAGCCCUUCAUUGUGGGAGCAGCAUUUUGGGAUCUUGUGAUGUGCAUCCUCCCAGCUCGCCCCGAGCCCCUGGCUGCCGUGGCCCCGCAUCCCCUCAGGUGCCCUCUCCUCUCUGCCUUCCCAGGGCUGUGCCAGGCAGCCUCCCAGGUGCAUUUGAUUUCUCCCAGCGUUGGAGGUUUGCAGCCUGCUGCCAGCACAUCAGAGCAGAUCCCUGCCGUGAGCUGCUGUAGCUGGUGCCAGGUGGAACACUGAGCCCAUGGCCAAGUGAGGGAGGGAGCAGUGGGGACCAGUGGCUGCUCCUAAGGCCCUGCAGCAUCCCCUCCCCAGCAGUGGCAUCAGGGCUGUCCCCUCUCAGCCCUGGAAAAGCAGAAGAGGACCAAUAGGAGCUGCCUUUACUGAUUUCAGAGCAGGAAGGAGAGUUUUAGUCUCUGAUACAAGCUAAAGUGGUAGGCAGCAAUGCUGAGUGCCCCAUCCUGGCGUGCCCUGCAACACCCUGAGCCUCUUCCAAGACCUCUCCCACCACAGCAUGGCCAUGCUCCAACUGCCAAAACCAGUGAGAAAUGCCCCUUGACCCCUGGCAGAGUUGCACGAUGGAGACUUUUCAUCUGGUAAAACCAGUCUGAGCAGGAGGCUGAGGCUGCCAGAGCUGGGAGGAUCAUCACCAUCCUUCACCAAGGCUCCUGGAGGCAUGGGGUGACAAUGUGGGGUGCCCCGGCAGGCCCCGGGGAGCCGGCUGGGGACAAAGGGGAAGGAAGCAAACAUAUAUGUUGUGUGAAUGAAAAUGGGGCAGGCUGGAGUAGACAGUUGAUGUGGGAGGUGGAUGGGGAGGAAUUUGCUCUGGAGGCACUUGCUACUUCAGAUAGUUGGGAUGCCAGAGCCAGGAGGGUGUUUACAUUCCUGCCCUUAUCUGUUCACAAGCACCCUGGGGCCCCUUUCCCAUUGAACAGGUUGGAGGUUGGAGGGGGGCAGGGCAGGGGUGGGAGCAGGGAGCUGGGCCCAGCACUGGCCCUGAACCCCCUGGGUGGCUGGAGUUGCCUGUGGGAUCAGGGACAGGGGAUGUGGAUGUGGCAGCAAUGGGAUGAAGCCCAAUAGACCUUGUGUUUGCAUGGGGUGGGCAGGCUGUAUGCUCCCCAGAGCACCCUGCAUCCUUCCUGCCUCCACAACUCUCCAGCCAGGAUCCAAGGGUGCAGGUGACUCAAAGUUACCUGACAUUGUCUUCUUCUCUUGUCUUCACCUGUCCAGGUAUAAAUCCUCCUUUGCUUCUUGCACCUAAGCAGCACGAGUGCAAAACAGGCCCAUGGAGGAGCUGGGGGUCAAGGCAUGCCUGGAUGCAUCUGCUUCACUGUUGUGCAGACAAGGGGGCACUGUAGACAGACAGAGCUGUGCCCUGAGCCUGAGACCCAGUGGCUCUACCCUAGAGGUGGGCACAGGCAGCACCUCUGGGCACAGGCAGCCUUCCCACUCCAGGCACUGUCAGGGCGGAGUACAGGGAUGGAUGGGACAGCAUUGCAUGGCAGCAUGGCAUCACCAGCCUGUCUGCUCACUAAGUUGAACCUCAACCAUCUCCCCAGGAAAAUUCUAGCCCUGGGAGCAUGUCGUGUUUGCAGCCUGGGAGCUGGAAGGAGUCAGCAUCUGCAGCCCACGAUUAGGGCAUCCCCCAGAUCCGGCAUGGCUGGGCUGGCGAUGCAGCGUGUGUCGGACCUGGGCGGGGGCCGUGGGAGCUCAUGGCUCGGCAUUCCCGUGCAGUGCUGCUGCAUGCACUCACCUCACACGCCCCACAGCCCCACAGCCCCAUGGGCCCCCACAGAAGGAGCGGCCACGGGGACCACAGGCAGGGCAGGCCUGGGGCUGCUGGCUGCGGCCGGGCCGCGGUGCCGGGGGAAGCAGCCAGGCGUGCAGAGCUCACGGCCGUCUCUCCUCUGGGCUGGUAAUUGCCUGUUGGUGGGAGGCAGCGAGGGAGGGAGCUGUGGCUGCACCGGCACGGCUCUCGCCAGGGCUGAUGAUGGCAGAACUGCAACCUGGGGUGGGCAGCGCUGCCGGAUGAAGGAGGGAACUUCCCUGGUGUGUGGAGGCAGAGGCGGCCGCGGGAGAGGCGAAAACUCCUGGAGCCCUGAGGAGAACAAAGGCUGGCACCUCGUGCUGAGGCCUGAGGGAGAGGCCAGAGCAGCGCUGGCUCCACACACACCUUCCCCUGCGUGGGCUGCCUGCCAGAAACCAGCACAGCCUGUGCCAGCCCCGGCACGGGCCCCACCGGCAGAGCUCUGACCCACCGGCACCGCUGGGCCUGACUGUGGCCCUGUACAUGAGCUGUGCUAUGAGGUGCCCUGUAAGGACAGGGUUCAUCAUGGGCGGCGUGGGAGAGCCCAUCUGCACCCCAAAGGCAUCAGCCAUGGCACUGGGGCUCUGCCAGGACCUCCUGCAGUCACAGGAGGCUUGCUGUGCCCACAGCACUCCUGCUGGCACUGUCACUGCAGAAGCAGGGCUGCCACCCACCUGGUGGGCUAAUGCCCUGCACAGCAGCCCUGGGGCACAGAGACAGAGCCUGGCGGGGCUGGCUCUGCCCCAAACCACAUCCCCACUGAGAUAACCACAGGGUAGGCUGAGAAACAGGGACAUGGAGGGCAGUCUGCCCAGCGGCCCAGCAGCUCUGCCACCGCACCCGUCCUCUGCAGUUCCCCCACGCUGGUGUUCCCCUGGGCAUGGAGCUUGUUAGCCAAGAAAUGCUGUGGCAGUCUGCUGAGGCGUGAAGAUGCAUUCACCCGUGAGCAGCCCCCGAGGGAUGCUCGCUGCAGCGUGGCCCUGCGGCUCCGCUCUGACCCGCACGCCAGCACUCGCCUGCCGCAUCUGACAGCGUCUCAGUCCCUGAUACAGCUCCAACAGUGCUGCUCCUGCUCCCCAGACGCCUCACGAAUUAUGUUAAGUGAUGUGGGGCUGCAGUGCAGCCUGUGAGCCCCCGUGGCUGUCCUGCACUGGGAUGACAACUGCCCGUUGAUUCCUCCUCUGCUUUCUCUCUCUCGGUGAGCCUUUGAUCCGUGGCAAUACUUUGUCUCUCGCUCCACGACAACUUAAUUUCUAUAGUAACCUCCUGCGCUGGAUCUUGUCAAAAGGCCUUUUGAAAAUCAGAAUAAACUAUGCUGAGUGGUUUUUCUUCUACCCACUCUUUACUGAAGUAUUAGAAGACCUCUAAUAUAACAAAUGAGGCUGGAGGCUCCUGUGCAGAAGCUGUGCUGGCUCAAGCCGAGCACGUUGCAAUCUCCCAGCCACUCAGGUUUUGAUAACCGCCUCCACCAAUUUGCCACAGACAAAGGGUUUUCCCCUGCCAUGCUCCCACGGCAUCCUCAGGACCUCCCCUGCUGCAGCGGUCCCUGGAGACACCCUGGAGACGUGUUUCAGGAGAGCCCCGACCAUGCCCCGAGCCAGCAGUGAAGGAGGCUGCUGCAAACUGCUCCAGCUCGUUACAAAAUUUUAAUUAAUCUAUGAAAAUUUCCUAUCU